AUGCUUUUUCGAUUUUUUUCUUUUUCUAUCUUUUUUUCUUAUUCUUUUCCCAAUAUUUUCCUUUUCUUAUUUUUAUCUUUCUUUAUUAAUAUUCCAAUUAUCUUAUCUAUUAAAUCUCCUUUGUACAUUGCUUCCUUUACGUAUUUGUUGUUUCUUUUCUUCUUUUUUUAUUUAUUUUUCUUUGUCCAAUUUUUUCCCCCUGCCUUUGUCCUUUCUUUUUGUGUUAUUCUUUUUCUCUCUUCUUCGCUUUAUCACUUUACCCUUUUUCUUCUUCUUUUAUUCUUCCUUCUUUUUACUAUGCCUUGUGUAUUUUCUUUUCUUUUAGUGCUCCUUUUUCUUUUUAAACAUUUUUAUAUCCUCCUUUCUUCAUGUUUUUGCCAAUUUUCCGUCUUCUUUCAUUAUGAUUUAUAUUUCUUUUUCUUCUUCUUUUUCCUUCUACUUUUUCUUCUUCUUUUUUCCUUUUUCUUUUUCUUUCUUUCUUCUUUUUCUUCUUCUUCUUCGUUUUCUUCUACUUUUUCUUCUUUUUUCUUUCUUCGUCUUCUAUUUUUUCUUCUUCUUCUUUGUUUUCUUCUACUUUUUCUUUUGUUUUCUUUUUACUUCUUUUUCCUUCUUCGUUUUCUUCUAUUUUUUCUUCUUUUUCCUUUUUCUUCUUUUUCCUUCUUCGUCUUCUUCUAUUUUUUCUUCUUUUUUUCUUUUUCUUCUUUUUUAUUUCUUCUUCUUCUUCAUCUUCUUCUUCGUCUUCUUCUUCUUUAUUCCUUCUAA